AUGUUGAAGGAAGUUACAAAUGCAGAAACCCAAAAUCAGUUAGCCAGACAAGAGAAUAUAACGGCUAAUCUCACACAAGAGCUAAUCACAACACGUCAAGAUGUACAUGAAGAAAUUUGGGAGAAGUGCUCAGCUGGCUGGAGGUAUUUCCAGGGGAGCUACUACUAUUUCUCCACUGAGAGGAAGACCUGGGCUGGUAGCAGAGAUGCCUGUGUGAACAUGGGAGGACACCUGGUCAUCGUAGAGACUCGAGAGGAACAGUAUUUUCUACAGACCCAGAAACCGAAGCCAUUCUGCUGGAUUGGCCUGACUGACUCUGCUAAAGAGGGAGAAUGGCGUUGGGUGGACAACACACCACUCAGCAGUAGCAUCACGUUCUGGGCUGGUGGUCAGCCUGACAAUAAGGAUGGUAGUCGUGGACAAGACUGUACAGGAUUAUACACUACGCGCAACGGAAGAUGGCUGCUUUGGGAUGACAGAUAUUGUGGAAAUAAAGACAUAUACAUUUGUGAAGUCAAGGAUUCAAAAUAGAUUUGUGGCCUUUGUAUUUCACCAAUACUGUGGAGGCAUAACCUGACUGUUGCCAUACCAGAUGAAUGUAGUCAGGG